UGAACGUCAACGAUUUGAAUUUGAAUUAAUUGACCGUUGGAUUUUGAGUUGACUAUUGUUUUUUGUUCUGUAAAUAAAUUGUAUUUUGUUUUGCAAAGAAAAUGUUAUCCUACGGUUUUGUGCACCCUUAAUUAAUUUACUCUUUGGUUUCGUGCGUGCUUGUGGGCCAGUAUGGCGUUUUAGAACAGUAAUAAACAAUUUCUGUAAAUGUAAAAGUCCGUUGAAAACCAUAGAAUUACAUAAGGAUCGAAACACAAUUAUUAAUUCACAUAAACGAAAUCUUUAAUUCUUCAAAAUGAGUGAACAAGUAGAAGAAACUCAGGAAGAUACUAAGAAUGAAACUUCUAUGAACAUGUCAAUGGUUACUUUUGAUAUCUACAGGAUACUCAAAGAGUUUAGCAACAUAUCGAAUCUUGUCACAACCGAGGAGUUCCUUGAAACUGUUCCCAAACUUAGAGGUGUUAAAUGGGUGCAACUGUUCAAUUGUGUAAAACAGAAUAUUCUAAAUGAAAAGGAGCAGGAAAUGAGCUCUAUGUGGGUUUUUGAAAACAUGCCGAGGAAACUUGAGAUCCUAGAGAAUCAAAAGGCAAAAUAUGCAGAAACUAAUCCCAAUAAUACUGUAUGGAGACCUCAACACAACGUUAAACACCAGCUAAGGGCUUUUGAUGCAGCUAGUCUACGAAAGCAAAAGGCAUUGCUCAUUUCUUUGGUAGAGGAAAUUGAAUCAAAAGCUACUAGACUCAGAAGAUUUAUAGGAGCUAAAAGAGUAUAUUUUAAAGCAUUACAAAUGGACAUUCAAAAAUAUAAAAAGAAAAAUGAGGAAAUUGUGACAAAAAUAAAUGAAAAAUUUAAAUGUCAUGGUACAUUAGUAGAUCUUAUGUAUCCCAAUAAAGUUGAAGUGAAUGACAUUGGGUAUUCAUCAGAUUCGGGAGUAGAAGAAUAAAGUAGUGAAAUAUUGAGUAAAAUUUAUAUUUCAGAAAUGUACAGAGAAUCAGAGAAAUUACAACAAAAUAUUAAAUCUAGUUUUAAACUCAAUUUACUCUGAAACUAUCUUUACAGCAUAGAAGAAAAGGUGAAUUAUUAUGUAAAUAGAAUUACAAAUAGAAAAUCACAAAAUCUAUCUCGCAACAUAACAUUAUGUAUUAGCUAAUAUAGAAUAAUUAACAAAGGUAAUUUAUAUUUUUGUAAGAGCAGACAGGAUUCUACAUUUUGGAAAAGCAAUGUGAAUUCUAUACUACAUAAUUUGUGAAAAUACGCUUUUGAAAUAAAACACAUAAUAGAAUAUUAAUGGAUUAAUAUUUUAACAAAAAAAAAACAAUUACUUUUAUAUGUAUUAAAAGUCAAAUACAAUGAAUAUACUCAGAGAAAAAGAAACAAAAAAAAAAUAAA